AUGUUUUCACGUUCUGAUCUGAUCGAAUCUGAGGAAUCUAAUAUAUUUUUUAUCUAUGAUGCGAUCGACUCUUCCAAUUUAAAGAAAAGAUAUUUGUUAACUUUACACACUGUUCGAGCUGAUGGAACCAAAUUUAGGAUUAACAUAUAUGAGGAAGAUAUAGUGUUUUUCGAUAUUAAAAUCAAAUCUGAAGACUUGAUACCGGAAUAUAAAGAAGAGUUUCUACCAGAUUAUUAUGAGUUGUUUGAAGCACGACCUUUCGAUUCAACAGAAGAACAUCGGUUCCUUCAUUUAUUUUAUCUGUCUCUUAGGGAUCACGAAAGAAAUCGUGAAUUGCUCGAGGUUUUUGAACGAAAACCAUUCUUAUUAGCUUCAUCAUCAAAUAAACCAAAAACUAAACGUCAUAAAGUUAAACACGAACGAACGAUUCAAGUUAAUUUUACAUCAAACAACUAUUUCUCAAUCAUUCCUAACGAGUUGAUCCAAGAUAUUUUUGACUAUCUAUACGAUGAUCCCAAAUCCCAAUUUUCUUUAGGAUUUACAUGUCACAACUUAUAUCAACAAUAUCAACAGUUUAUUUGGAAUCUAUCGAUUUUUAAAUUUCAUGGAAGGCUUAGAGAUCCCCCUUUAUUUUUCGAAAAAAAUUCACUUUCAUGCAAACCAGAAUAUCCUUGUGGAUGUUGUGUAGGUGAUUGUGAGAAGACCGAAGUUACAAAAAAAAUAUUCACUAAUUGUCAAGGAGUAAGAUAUGUUAAAUCGAUUGCUCCUUAUUGGUCGAAUGUAGAGAAAGCUAUUUGUUCUAAGGUUAUGUUGUUAAAUGGUACUUGUGAUGUUGCCAUGUGUCCUUAUAAUCAAGUCCAAGAAAUAAUAUUCUCAGAGUUUUAUCAAAGAGUUGAUAGAAUAGCUCAUAAACAUUUCAUAUAUGAACCGUGUUAUAAUUCUUGUCAAAAAUCAGCCAACCUACCAAUCACUAUUCCAAACUUAUGGGAACCCGAUAUCCCUUGGGAAUUCAUAUAA